GUUUUUUCUUCUUUUUUCCAGAUAAAGAACUUUACUUUUAUAGUUUGUGUAAGAGGUCAGAAUAAAAAUGCCCAAGAAAGGCAAAAAGGGUGGAAAGGGGAAAAAGGGAAAGAAAAGCGGAGGAAAAAAAGGAAAGAAAUCUGGAAAGUCAUCGAAGAUGGAUCGAGAUGCUGAAUUAUCGAUGGCUACGGCGAAUGCUAAGUUGUGGGCAAGUAGGUUGGAUGUUACAGAGAAAUCAAGGAAUGAAUACAGAGAAACAUGCAAAAGAAUGGCUGGUGAGAAUGAAAAACUGCACGACACUUUGUUCCAAUCAGAGAAGGACACAAUUGAGGUUGUUACGUAUCUUAAGAAGGGAGAUAUGGAAAAGGAUGAGGAGAUAACAAGAUAUGAACAAGAGUUGAAAGAUCUGAAGAAACAAAGCAGGAAAGACAAAGAAACGAUUAUGGCAGAGUUCAGCUCCCAGAUCUCGGACCUUGAGUCAAGACUCGAACAACGAACGGGUGAAGUGAAACUGAUGCAAUCCGAGUUAAAACUUGUGAAAGAGUUUCGUCGUAAACGAGCUGCGAUGCAAGCUGAGUUGGAUGAGAUUCGUGAAAGUAUGUUUGUUGCCAAUAAAGAACAUAAAGACACACUGCAGAAGAUGGAACACAAGUUUUUUGAGGAAAAGAUUCGUUUAGAAAGAGAGGCAAGUCAGAAGAUUGCAGAACUUGCUGAAAGAGCUCACACUGAAGCUAUUGCUAAUUUAGAUGAAACAACAAGAUCUGUUUACAAGGAGAAUAUUCGACUCAAUGAAGCUUUAAGUUACCAUAUUAAGGAAUCCCAGUCAUUACAAACCCGAUGUGACUCGUUAACCACAGAAGUGGAAAGUCUGCGGGCCAAUAAGGAGCUUUCUGACGCCACCGUGAAGGAAAAGGUGACUGAAAGUAAACGUCACAAGGGGGAGAUUCAUGGUCUAAGGGAAAAGGUUGAACAACUUGAAAAAGCAUUGAGUAGCAUGGUCCACGAAUUCCGAGACGAGAAACGCGCUAUUGAACAGCGAGCUAGGAUGGAAACUGUGGCCAGUGGUGGAGAAAUACAGAAACUACAACGAAUGCUUCAGAUUAAAGAUAAAGAAAUGAACAAGGUAAAAGUCGUUGCUAAAAACAUCGUCGAACAACGAACCAACGUUGAAAUAUUCUUCCUUAGCGCGCUUGAAAAAGUUCGGACAGAGAUUGCGCUUAACCGAGCACAAUACGUUCAAGCUGCUCAGUCAGCCUAUCAUCGUAAAAUGUUGGCUGCUCAUUCUGGCCAAGCAGACUUCCCUAAGAUUCGAACCUUUAGAAAGAACGACAGCAGCACCAACAGUGUGUUUGCUGAUCUUAGUGAAGCAGAGAAUUGGUCAAGCCUUGGUAACCAAGUCGACAUUCGUGACUUAACUUGGGAACAAAAAGAAAAAGUUCUCCGCCUUCUAUUCGCUAGGAUGAACGGCUUGAAGACAAAGUCCAAUGUACAGAGAACACAACAUUCUGCACCUCCAUUAAGUAUAACUGAUAAAACUAACAGACCAAAACCAAUAGACCACGCCCCCAACCCCACCCUGGAUCUGAUGACGUAGGCAAAGAGACGACCACCUUUAUAACACAACAGGAGCAACCUCAGGGGGUGACGUUGCCAGCUAUAUCGGUGAAGCAACUCACAACAUGACUGAAUUCGUAAUCUCUUUAUUGCACUGUCUAUAUAGUUUUGUAAACAAGUGUUCCAUUUUUUCAAUAAACCAGCUCAGAUGCAUAAA